AUGACGAGUUUAGCAUUUUUCAAAUCGGAUCGUACGAAAAAGAAAGAGCGUCCGAAAUCUGCUAUUGAUUGGGGCACAGGCAAACCUCGUAAUCAAGAUAACAAAUCGAGACCUCCUUCUGUAUCUGGUACUUUUCUUUAUACAGGUGAACCUGUUUCACAAACAUAUCAAAAUACAGAUACAACAUUAAGUAAUGUACGAAUUAAUGAUGAAUUAGUACCUGCGCCACUUCACACAACUGAUAUCUCAUCUCAUGAAAUACCAUCGAAAUUUCCAUCGAAUCAUCCAUUUACAUCACAUAUAAGUGAAAAAGCUGUAUUUCCGACAGCAACUAUUAAUUUAAAUGAUCGUCCUUCGACUUGUAUCAAUCCUUAUGUAGUAACACAUAAAAUUCGAGGUAAUCCAUUUCGUCGUGAAGUGCACUACUACGGAUUGCAGCAAGAACGCUAUCGAACUUCGAAAUGGCCAGAUAAACAUUAUAUGCAUUUACCUCGGUCAUUAAGUAACAUCGAAUCGUCACCAAUUUAUCCUUGGCCACGUAAAAUGUUUGCGCCAAAUAAUAAUAAUUUAAUUCAAAAUUCAACAACAGAUACAGGUGAAAAUAAAGAAAAAAGUUCACCUGAAAGCACUUAUCAAAAUAACUAUUUCAAUCAAGAAGGAUUAAGUUCUCAUGCUGUACACAAUACAACAACAACCACUCCAUCAACCCAUGAACAACUAAAACCUCAUUUAAACAAGACAUUCGAAUCGACAAGACUGAUGGAAGGUAUACAAGCUAUUCAUGCUAAUGAGAACCAUCGGCAACUAAAUACGAUUGAAAGACAACAACCAUCAAUGUACUAUGCACCAAUGGAAACAAUCAAAAUAAUGAGUGAAGAUGAAAAACUUGAUGAUCAUAUGCGACAUGCAACAGAUUAUGUUAAUCUUCCUGAACAUCGUUAUCCAACUGAUCGAGCACCAAUAUGGAAUCCUCAACAGGAAAACUUAAAUGAUAAUCAAGUUAAAACUUGUGAAAUUCGUUUUCUUCAUCCUAUUCGGCCAUCAACGACAAGUAAUCAAUUAGCUCGUGAUCAUUAUGCAAGUCAUCAACAAAUGGAUGCAGAAAAUCGUCUUCAACAAUUAGAAGUUAUUCGUCCAACUGAAAAUAUAAAUUUACUUAAUGUUAAACUUCGAACUCUUCAACAUCCACGUCAUGCUCGACCUAUUUUACCUCAAUAUCGUGAUGAUUAUGUCAACGCAUUAUAUGAUCAAAUGGGCACAUAUGUUCAAGAAAGAUCAGGUCUUUAUCAUACUCAAAAUUAUGAACCGAAUUCACUUGUUCAAGCUAUACCAGAACUUGAAAAUCAACAAGGAUAUAUAACAACAGUAAACAAUGAAUAUGAUGUCAAUGAUAUAUUAAAUACAGUCGAACAAAAUCAGCAACGAGCUAAACCAAUAUUGUUUCAACGUAGAGCAAUUGGUGAUUAUCAAAAUAUGCGGAAUCGUCUUCUAAAUAAAUUACGUGUACCAAAUGAUGCUGCUACUGUUGAUACUCGAACACAAGAAGGUAAUAAACAAUUUGUUCAACGUGAAUCCAUCUAUGGUCAAGCAUAUAAUACUAAAAAAUUUCUUCAAGAAAAUACUUUAUUACCUAAUGCACGUAUUGAUGCAACUCGUUUAAUGAGUACGACAUAUAAUACUAAUCUAGAACGAGUACGAAGUUUAAAUAGUUAUCCAAUAAAAACUACACAAAAUCAAUCAGUUAAUAAUACUCAAGGGAAAACUAAUGAUGUUCUUGUUAGUCCAGUUCUUCGCCCGUCACACAAUGAUGAAUUAUAUACAAGUAAAUAUAUUAAUGAACAUACAGAUGGUUAUUCGCGUCGAUCAACAGUUCGUGUUUAUGAUUCACCAUUUAAAAAUGAACAAAAUGCAACAAUGAAUGAUUUAUCUCAACAACAAACAAUUCAUUCAUAUACAAAUUCUUUGGAUCCAUUUCUUUCAAUUCCUGGUCAAAUUCCACGUUCAGUUAAAACAAAUUUACGUUUACCUGGUCCAGAAGUUGUUGCUCGAUUUAUUGAACCAAAAUUUGAUACACGUACAACAUAUCAACGUUCGUUUAAAGAUAUUUCCUAUCAUGAAACAAUACCUCAAACACAACGUUCCAAAAAAAAUAAUAAUCAAAUUUCAACUCAUACAUUAGAUAAUCAUCUUAGAGAAUGUAAAAUACUCGAUCUUCAAGAUCAAUGGUCAAAAACUCAAGCACAACAACAAUAUCAUAUUGAACAUCCAGAAAGUGUACCUUAUGUUGGUGAUUGUACAAUUCGAGCUAAAAAGGAAAUACUUAUAGCUGAUACAAUUGCUAAACGAGGAAUGAUGACAGUUAGAUGA